CUUGUAACAAAAAUUCCACUGCAAUAUACUGACGUAUAGAAAGUUUCCGCUCUGGAAUAAAUAAUAUAUAAAAACGACAUUCGCUGAAAAGGCAUAGCACACAGCUUGUACACGUUGAAAUACUUUCAGAUUACUGCAUCGACGUAUCAAGGAUUAUAACAUUAAAAGAUGAAUGAAAUACGAAAUACCGCUACCAACCUGAUGGAUAAAAAUUUGGGUCGAAAUCCCGUUUCAGAAACGUACGGCCAACCAGUUCAGGAUCCAUCAGGUGCAACCAUGAAAGCUGUUGUUUUUGAUGGUUCUAAAAGCGUCAAAAUUCAGCAAGUACCGAAACCAACAAUAACUCACCCGAAAGAUGUGAUUAUUAAAACAACCGCCUGUACCAUCUGCUCAGGCUCUGAUUCCCACAUGUUUUCUGGUGAAAUUCCGGGUAUUGAUAAAGGCGCUGUUCUUGGUCAUGAGUCUUGUGGCAUAGUUGCUGAACGCGGUCCGGAGGUGAAGGAUUUAUUUGUAGGCGAUAGAGUAGUUAUCGCCUUCGAUAUUGCCUGUGGAUCCUGCUCGUUCUGUAAACGACGCGAAUUCGUCGCUUGUGACACUACAAAUGACAGUAAGAUUAUGGAUGUCAACUACGGUGCACAUCACUCUGCAAUCUUUGGCUAUACCAAGCAGCUGGGAGAUGUCCCAGGCUGUCAGGCUGAGUAUAUCCGCGUUCCCUUUGCCGACGUCAAUUGCUAUAAGCUCCCAGAAGAUAUUCCCGAUAUCAAAGGUUUGUAUAUGUCAGAUGUAUUAUGUACCUCCUUGCACGCAUGUGAGCUCGGGAAUGUUAAAGAAGGAAAUACAGUUGCAAUUUGGGGAAUGGGCCCCAUCGGAUUGUUCGCAGGUCGCUGGGCUCAACUUAUAGGUGCAAAACGUGUCAUUGGCAUUGAAUCCGUUCCUGAACGCAUCAAAAUCGCUUCUUCGCGUUUUGGGUUUGAAGUUAUUAACCGAAAUGAAGUUAAAGAUGUUCCGAAGAAGAUUCUUAGCAUGAUUCCUAACGGACCAGACGUCGCAAUUGAUGCAACUGGCUUCCGAUUUACAACAUCCAUGCUUCAAAAGGUAGAGCGUGCUGUAGGUUUGGAAACAGAUUCAUCGGAUGUAUUACUUGAAUGCUUCCAAAGUGUUCGAAAAUAUGGCAAUGUCUCCAUCAUUGCAGACUAUGUGGGAACUAGCAAUCAGUUCCCUAUUGGACAUAUCAUGAUGAAACAUCUAACGGUUCGUUCUGGUCAAUGUCCUUGCCAGAACUAUUUUGAUCGAGUUUUAGAAGCUCUAAGAUCCGGAAAGAUUAAUCCAGAAUGGAUGAUCACACAUAAAGUGAAGUUUGACGAACUUCCGGAUGCUUAUGGGAAAUUGUUUUACAAAAAAGAUGGUUAUCUCAAAGUUUUCUGUGAAUUGUAAGACGGUAGAUACACUUUUAAAAUUAGUAUAGUAUAGGAUCAAUGAUUUUUAAUGAAUGAAUGAUUUUUCAAAAACAAAAAAC